GGAACCAUCGACGAGAACGGACGCGGCUGCUGUACCACCUGUCAGUGACGCGCACGUGGCAGUGCCGACGGCACGCACGACUCACGCUGACAGCCGGCUAGUGUCAAGUGCCACGGCUCGCCGAUGAGCCGCGUCUCGUGAGGAGGUUAAUUGAGAAUCGUUAAUUGAUCGUUGGCGUGGGUGCCGAUUAGAGAGAGCGAGUACAGACUUAUCAGCCUGUUUCCAUCGGCACAAUAUGAAGUCAUGAGUGAAAUUAAUCCGGCUAAUAUUUUUUUUCAUUGAUAUGAUCGAAUCAUAUCUACGCAAAUCUCAGUGAGUGCUAUAAACGAGUAUCCUGAACGACAAAGUAUCCAGAAACCAGGAAUCGGAAAGCCAAGACGAGCCAAGCCAAGCCAAGGGCGCAGGAUACCGGGACGUGAUUAGUAUUACGUCAUGUAUUUCCAGGUGCGAUCGGUGAAUUAUAAAUGACACCUCGUGUUAAAACUGCUGGAGGUGUUGCGCGCACGCGGUCAAGAUGGUGUUCUGCAGGCGGUACCGAUUUUUACAUAUGCUGUCGAGGCCCGAGAAGCGGAUCGUUUGGACCUGGCGGAAUGGGAACGGCACGGUGUUCGAAAUCCCAGAGAGGAAUCCGCUCACAACGGCAGAGUGUGUCGUCGAGCUGAUGAAUGUCUCUGUCGCCGUUUUCACGACGCUCGUCGCCGCGAUGUUGAUCCUGAAGUACAAAUGCGGCGCCAGCAAAACGUCUUCCAAGCCUCUCCUGCCGUUUCACAUAUGCAGAACGUUACUUUGCAUGCUGCUGCUGUUGGCACUUUUAUUGGAACUAUCCGAGUCCCUACUGACGUCAGUCGUAUUGUCGUCGAUAUUGACGAUAAUCACCGUGCUAUCCUGUUGGAUGUUGCAUCGCGAAACUGAGAUCAGAGACGGUUUCGGUACCGCCGUGACAGGUGGCGGAUUUGCGAUAAUCUGCCUCACGCGAUUAUGGAAACUUUAUCACUUGCACAGAUUCUUCCUGUCCAUCGAACACGUUCGAUUUACAACAACGGCGAUCGUUGCCUUUUGUUGCGGAUUGAUGGCCAUCAUCGAUGCCUGCAGUUUAUAUCGUAUGAUAAAAAGAAGCAGACGGUACUUUGUUAAAAGAAGCGAUAACAGGCGAAAAUCGUAUCGGCAUUCCGUCUCGCCGUUUCUCAGCAGAAUCACCUAUCACUGGGUGACUGACCUGCUGUGGCGCGGCUACAGGACACCUUUAGAACUCCACGACCUCGGAGAGCUUCCGAAAGAAGAGACAACGAGAAAGCAGUUCGAGCGAUUUCGCAGUAUUUACGAAACCGAAAAGCUGCGAUGCCGAGACCGGAAAUUAUCUUUAUGGAAAUGCUUCUGGAAACGAAUAUGGAUAGCUUUUGCGACGGGUGGACUUCUGAAGCUGUUUGGCGACGCUAUGACUUUAGUCGGUCCUAUGACGAUUCCGAAAAUAAUUGAUUACGUGUCGGAUAGUCAAAAUAACACGAGCGAAAAUCUUCCGUGGAAGAGAACCAUGACAUUUUCGGAAAUGUCGCGAAACGGAUAUUUCCUUGGGAUCGUAGUUUUCUUCGCGAUCAUUUUGCAGAGCACACUAAGCCAAGCGUACACUCAUAUACUCUAUGUCACAGGAAUACGCUUGAAAACUGCUCUUCAGGCACUCAUUUACGAUAAAGCUCUCCGGUUACCUUCUUGGAGUAUCUCAGAGGAGGAAAAGCCAUCUGACAAGGAUAAAGAGCAACACUUACAUACGCAAGCAGCCGACAUUGGCACCCUGACGAAUCUCAUGGCCGAAGACGCGUACAAUGUGAUGAACUUCUUCCGGGUUGGCCACUACGUAUGGGCGAUACCUCUGAAAAUCGCCGCUAUCGUUUUUCUUCUGUAUCUGAAAUUGGGCGUUAGUGCAAUUAUAGGAUCAAUUUGCUGUAUAUUGAUCGUCACACCGAUGCAACUUAUCCUCGGAAAACGAAUGUCCGUGAAUUCUACGUGCAUAACGGAGAGAAGCGAUGCGCGUCUUCGUCUGGUUAAUGAAAUUCUUCAAGGAAUGAGACUUAUUAAGCUACGCGCCUGGGAGGAUGUCUUCGAGGAUCGUAUAGGCAAAGCCAGGGAUGAGGAAUUGAAACUGCUGGACAAGGACUCUAUAUAUUGCACACUCAUCGACUUCGUGACGCACGCCUCCUCGAUUCUAGUGACCCUCUUCACAUUUGGAAUUUAUUUCUGGCUGGAAGAACGAAAUCUCGAUGCGGGAAAUGUUUUUGCCAGCCUCGCGCUCUUCUCGCAGAUGGCGGUGCCGCUUUUCAUCUUCCCAACGAUAGUGCCGAUUAUUAUCAACGCCAUGAUUUCUACUACGAGACUAGAGGAUUUUCUCCGGCUUCCGGAAGUGAUGAAUAUUCUUCCCCAGCAAGACAAUCGAAAAUCGAGUAUCGUCGAAGACACAUUUUCAAGGAGUCAUUCGUACGCCGAGAACGAGAUGAAGGCAAAUAAGGUGGCCAGCGUCACAACGUGCGGAUCGCUGGACGAUAUUGUAGAACACGAGGAGGAUCUGCAGCCGAGUGCUUCACAAGAGUUCCAUUUAACAAUAAACUCCUCGGUAGACACGGUAUUCGAGCGAGAUCCGAAGGUGCCGGACUCUGUCGUCAAGAUCACACCGAGUAUCUUUACUUGGGGAUCCGACGAGAAUACAUUGGUGGUUAACGACCUCAACUUCCCCCGUGGACAAUUGACGAUGAUAGUGGGAAAGAUCGGAAGCGGCAAAACAUCCUUGCUGCAGGCACUUUUAGGAGAGAUUCAGCGGAUAAGCGGAAGUGUCGAGUGGACCAAGGGCCUGAAGAUCGCCUAUGUGGCGCAACGACCGUGGCUUUUGAACAGCACCCUGAAGGACAAUAUCCUCUUCGGUUCGGCGUAUUGCUCGCAAAGAUACCUCAACGUGCUGCGUGCGUGUGCCCUUCAGCUGGACGUGGAUAUACUUCCUGGUCGGGAUCUGACCAGAAUAGGCGAGAGAGGUAUCAAUCUGAGCGGUGGACAGAAGCAGAGGGUCACCAUAGCUCGUGCCAUUUAUAGCGACGCCGAUGUGGUCCUGCUAGACGACCCAUUAUCGGCGUUAGAUCAACACGUCGGACAACAUAUCUUCGAUCAUGGCGUAAGGAAAUUCCUGCUGAGGAACGGUCGGACGGUGAUUAUGGUCACUCACAGACUGGAGUUGUUAUCGACUGCUCAUCAGGUGAUCGUCAUGGACGGCUGUCGAGUUCGCGCGAUCGGAACUAAAUCCAGCAUUGAGGACGCGGAUCCUGAAUUGGCAGCGGAGUGGAAGAUCGCGGCUUCCAGACAGCAAGACGAGAGUAGGUCUCAAAAGACUGCCAGAGAUAGAUGGUCCUUGAUCAGGCUAGUGUCAAGGAUCGGAUUCAACGUAAGAGAUAGACGUACCAGUGACGGAUCAUGGAUCGUCGAUCGUGAUGCCCACGUGAAUCCGCCGGUGUUUGUUCCUUUAAGGCUUCGUCGAACAACAUUAGGAUCGAGAUACCUGGCUUACGAUCUCACAGAUCUUCCAGUGCCUACAGAAGAAUGGAGCAGUGGCAGGAAACGAUCGAAGACGUGUCGCGAUACCGUCAGAUCGACGAGUGUUCAACCUCAAAGACAACCACCAUUGGUCCUCCGACAGAGCAGCACGCCGAUAAUUCUCGAAAAUCAAUAUGUUGCACCGAGGAAAAGGAACAACACAUACGACAAUGGACAACGCAACAACGUGCUAAAGCAAUUCUUCUCCACAAGGGUCAUUGUACAACCAGAGGAUACGACGAUGAAUAGAGACAAAGGCGUUUUACGGAAACUAAUGUCUGGUUCAAACAAAAUGCGUCAGCAUCAGAAACACGACCAAACAACAGGAAAAUUAUUAUUAUGGAGAAAAUCACGGAAUACUGAAUACAGAAUCACGGGAUACGAUAUGGAUGAAGUAGAAGAGGUAUUUGAUGACGAGGACGUAGAGCAGAAUAAAUGUGAACUCGACGAUAAAAGCGAUCUCGUCACUGGAACGAUCUGGAUGAAAUAUUUUCGAGCCGGUGGGUGGCUAUCAGGAAACGCUUACAUCGUAACGGCUUUGGCCUGCCAAAUUCUUCGCGUGUACAUGGAUCUUUGGCUGAGUCAAUGGACAAACCAAAAUACUCACACGUCGACCAACGAACAUCAGGAUACGAUGUCCUACUUCAAGGUGUACAUCAUUAUUUCCGUGGGUUCCAUUCUUGCGUCGCUUCUGUACAAUAUAGCGAGUCAAUGGGCAGGUGCCAGAGCGAGACGAAGAUUGCAUCGGGAGGCUGUAUCCGGGCUUCUCCGCGCGCCCAUCUCGUUCUUCGACUGCAACCCCAUCGGCAAGAUCCUGAAUAGGUUCAGCGCUGAUAUGGCUGUCAUAGACAAGAAAUUAUCCACGUCGAUCAAGAGGCUGACGUUCUUCGUACUACUCUGCGGCUCGUCGAUGAUCAUCAACAUCGCCAUUUCGCUAUGGUUCCUUUUCGCUGCCUUUCUAACCAGUUGCGCUUACUAUAUGUUGCAAAAGUUCUACAGGCGAAGCGCCAGACAAUUGCAACGCCUGGACGGCAGUACAAGAGGUCCGGUGGCAGCGCACUUUUCAGAAACUCUAGCGGGUCUUCAGACAUUAAGAGCAUUCAAGCAAGAAGACCGCUUUAUGAAGGAAGCAAUGAAACGUCUUGACGCGAACACUAACGCGUUUCUUAUCCUGAACGCCAGCGACAGAUGGCUGAGCAUCGCGUUGGAUUAUCUGGGCGGUGCUAUCGUGGUAACAGGCAUUUUCGCAGUCUUACAUUCUGCCGAAUUAUAUCCAAGCCGCGUGACACCCGCUCUAGUGGGUCUGGCGAUCAACUACACCCUCGUAGUACCGAUAUACUUGAACUGGGUGGUCAAAUUUACCGCGGACGUCGAGAUGUAUAUGAGCAGCGUGGCUCGAAUAUCCGCGUACACGGACACGCAACCGGAGAAUUAUUACGAAAACGGUUUGCAAGUGCCCGAUAACUGGCCCAGCAAGGGAGAGAUCAUUUUCGAUAGCGUUUCCUUAAGUUACGACACAGACAGAGACCCUGUGAUCUCAAAUUUAACUUUAAGAAUACCAGCUGGACAAAAGUUAGGUAUUUGCGGGAGAACCGGAAGCGGAAAAUCGUCGACCGUGAUGGCUCUCUUCCAACUAAUCGAGAUCAGUCGAGGCUGCAUUUUGAUAGAUGGUAUCAACAUCCGGCAAGUACCACUUCGUACAUUGCGAUCGCGACUGUUGGCCAUACCACAGGACGGAAUAAUGUUUAGCGGCACGAUUAGAGAAAACUUGGACCCGCUUUCGGAACACGAGGACCACGAGAUCUGGCGAGCCUUGGAGCUUUCUCAGAUCAAGGAAGUUGUAGCCUCGCAUCCUGAUGGACUGAAUUUUGAGGUUCGAGAGGGCGGUGAGAACUUCUCAGCCGGCCAGCUUCAACUUCUAUGCAUGGCGCGUGCUGUACUUCAGCAAUCAAGUAUCGUCGUUUUAGACGAAGCGACCAGUGCACUCGACGUAGCCACGGAGAAGUCACUUCUACAAGCGGCUGCAGUCGCUUUCGCCAACAAAACUGUGAUCACUAUCGCGCAUCGAGCGAUGGCUUUGUUGGAUUGCGACCGUAUCGUCGUUUUCGACGAAGGUACGAUUGUCGAGGAGGGUUCACCGGCAGAGUUAAUGCAUCGGCAAGACGGAAUCUUCGCCACGAUGUUAGAGGCGAUUCAACGAAGCGUCAAAAGAAUUUGUUUUGGACAUGCGUUGGAUGAAGAUAACAUGAGGUUCUCGUGCUUCCCGAGAGCCGCCAACAUCCUCGGGAAGAGGGGUAGCAUUAAUCUCACCCCUCUUCCAAGCAACGACGAGUCCAACAAUAUCGGCAAUCUAAGCGUAAAUGGAAGCGCAAGGAAUGCGAUUAUCGCUACCUACAAACAAUCCGGUGAACCAGACCUGACACAUGGUGUAAUACGACCCUUGCCCGGCACGACGACCCAAAAUGGCAUCGGUCCACCGUCGUCGAGCUACUAUCAUCGGUGCGCUUCAAAGUCCAAAGCACCUCCACCGUCUCAAGAUAAUCACGUUAAUAACCUCCACAUACAUCAAGAACAAUCCGAACUGGAAGAUGCAGCUACAACGGAAAAUAGUGAACAACUCGUGAGCAAUCCAAGAGGUGGCGUCAUCGGAAGGACACCGACGCCACCCUCAGCACCCACCCCCGUGUACGAGAAAGAUGCAAGGAGCGCGAGGCAAAUCAAACGCGCCAUUCUGGAAAACGAGUUUCUGGGUAAUCUGGAGGAAAAUCAAGUGGAGACUCUCGUCUCCGCCAUGUAUCCAAAACAAAUUCCAGUUAGUACUCUAGUCAUCCGAGAAGGUGACAUAGGUUCGCAUCUAUACGUAUCGGCGGAGGGAGAAUUCGAUAUUUACGAGGGCAACAAGUUCCAGAGGAGCUUCGGACCCGGAGUUGCAUUCGGGGAGAUCGCCCUGUUAUACAACACGAAGAGACUUCGAUCCAUUAGUGUAAAGAAAGGUGGAAAAGUAUGGGUGCUCGACAGAUCAGUAUUUCUCACUGUAAUGAUGAGGUCGGCUCAGGAACAGUUGGAAGGCAACAUCCGCUUCCUCAGGCGCGUUUCCGUCCUCCUGAAGUUACCUGAGCCAAAGGAUCACGUGCUCGCAAAGAUAUCCGACCUUAUAAGAGUGGAAUUCUUCCCAGCUGGCGCCAGAAUAGUACGGCAAGGCGAGAAGGGUGAAAAGUUUUAUAUAAUAAGCGGUGGCAAUGUACGCAUCACGAAGGACACCGAGUACGGAGGUGAAGAAGAACUGGUAGUCCUCGGCAAGGGACGAUACUUCGGUGAAAAAGCUCUCUACGAUGACGAAGGAGAGAAUCGUCGACACGCGAAUGCAAUCGCACUCGCUCCUGGUGUCGAAUGUUUGACAUUGGACAGAUCGUCGUUCCUCAACUAUUUGGGCAGUCUGGAUGAAAUUCGCAACAAAGACUGGCUGGCGGAGUACGAGAAGCAAAAACGUUCGUUGACUCCAAAGAAGUGGACUAACGAGUACUCGAACUUGACCUUGGCCGAUCUAGAAACGAGAGGAACCUUGGGGGUAGGUGGUUUCGGCCGAGUCGAGCUGGUCACGCUAAGAUCCGAUCCCGAGAAGAGUUUCGCGCUGAAAAAACUCAAGAAGAAGGCCAUGGUUGAGCAACAGCAGCAAGAGCACGUGCUGAACGAGAAACAUAUUAUGCAAGCGUGUGAUUCAGCAUUUGUAUGCAAACUUUAUCAGACUUACAAGGACAAUAAGUACGUCUACUUCCUGAUGGAAGUGUGCCUCGGCGGAGACGUGUGGACGACCCUACAGAGAAGGCGGCACUUCGACGACGUCACCACGCAAUUCAUGGUAGGCUGCGUGGUGGAAGCGCUCGAUCAUCUUCACUCGCUAAACAUCGUCUAUCGAGAUCUCAAACCAGAAAAUCUUAUGCUCGACGCUCGCGGCUAUUUGAAACUGGUGGACUUUGGCUUCAGUAAGAAGAUCGGACCGGCCAAAACGUGGACCUUUGCCGGCACUCCCGAAUACGUCGCGCCGGAAAUUAUUUUAAACAAAGGACACGAUAGGGCGGUGGAUUAUUGGGCUCUCGGUAUCCUAACACACGAAUUGCUCGUCGGCAAGCCACCUUUCCGAGGAUCCGAUCACAUGACCACCUAUAACAAGAUCUUGAAAGGCAUCGAGAUGGUCGGUGUACCGAGCAUCGUCAACAAGAAUGCCAACAAUCUCAUCAAGAAGCUACUUCGUCUGAGUCCUUCGGAACGACUGGGCUAUCAACGAAACGGUAUACAGGACAUUCGCGAUCACAAAUGGUUUUCCUCAUUUAACUGGCAGGCUCUUCAAAGAUUAGCUCUACCAGCUCCCAUUGUACCCACGGUGCGCAAUCAACUCGACACGCGGAACUUUGAGAGAUAUCCGCCGGACCGCGAUAUACCACCCGACGAAUUUUCCGGCUGGGACAUCGACUUCUGAAGAUGAAUCAUGGACGUAACAGAUUUCCUCUCUCACCCUUCCAACGUCGCUGAAUAAUAGAUAUAAGAACAAUGGGAUCUUAAAGCAGUUGUUAUUAAAAUGCGUUUAUGCUGAUCAUUUACGAUUUUUAGGCAAAACCACUAAAUAACAAUUGCACCGAUGCAAUUUCGAGAUGUAAGAAUGAAUAGAUUUAAUUAUCCGCGUGAGCGUCAAAUUUGACAACGUUAAUAACAAUUCGAUUGCUAACUAUCUCGCAAAGAAUUCUCAUUUGACUGGCUUUGAUUAUAAAAAAAAAACUCUUAUAUUGUUUUCCUUCUAAAAGAUCGUUUUGAAGGUAACAUAAACAUCGCGAAUUAUUAUUAUUAUUGUUAUUAUUCGAGGUGGUUUCGCUUCUUCCCGCUGAUAAGUGAUACGCUAAUUUUCUCAUGUAAUCCUCGACUGGAUCUGUAAUGACCGACUAACCCGUAAGAAAUAAUUUGUUAAGAUAUGAGAAAUGAUUAUUACUUCUUUAUAAGCAAUCAUUGAGAUUCUCCAAUAUACUAUAGAUUAGAGAUGAAUAUACGUACUUCUUCUAACGCGAUACUCCGUCAUCGUUAUACGGAAAAACAAAUCAUACGAUAUUACAUCUUGUACUAUAUCUCUCCCAAUCGUGAAAGAAAUCUUAAGCCUUCGUAAUCUGAGCUUAAACUCCUCACUACAACGGUUUGAUCGCACGAAAUAUCGAUAUACGUACAUGUAGUUAAGUAAAAGAAUAACGUCACGUAUUUUCAAAUAAAUAAUUUUGUAACUA